AUGCCCCUUGUCGCUUACCCAGACUCCGAGUCUGACGAGGACGAUAAGAGCAACACGGUAUUGGCACAGCCAGCACAGCCUGUCAGCAAGUCUGCCGCCGUGAAGCGCAAGCACAGCGGAGAGCACAACCUCCCACCACUACCAGCAACUUUUCAUGACUUGUACUCGACAAAUGCCCGCGUCAGUACAAGCGACAAUCCCAGUCUCCACGGCGGCCGAAAGCGGGCUGUACCGCACGUGCAAGGCAAUUGGCCGAGCCAUGUCUAUCUAGAGUGGAUUCCUUCACAGACCGAAGCAUACGGGUUGCACAAGUUGAUUAAGCAUGUCAAGGACUCUUUGGAACUACAGAAUGCCACUCGGGCAAAGCAGCUUCCCAUCCCAGAGAUCAUACCCUCUCUCCAGUCAGACCUAGCUUCCCCGCUGCCAUUGCAUAUCUCGUUGUCGCGAACACUGCAGAUCAAGACGGAAGAUAGAAGUGUCUUUUUGGAAUCGUUGGAGCACUCUAUACGGAAUUCUGCAGUUCGCACCUUCCAUUAUGCUUUUCAUGGCCUCAAAUGGGUGCCCAAUUUUGACCGCAGCAGAUGGUUCUUGGUUCUCAAUAUCACGAGGCCGCCACAAGAUGAACUCAAUCGACUGCUCAACGCCUGCAACCAAGCUGCCCAGAAGCACGGCCACGCUGGUCUGUAUACCGGUGGAGAGGGUGACGGGCCGAUGGAGGCCAGCGAGACCUCUCCAGAGUCUACCAAGCGCAAGGCGCCAACCUUGGGCGACCGCUCCGCCUUCUUCCACGUCAGUAUCGCUUGGAACCUGUCUGAGCCUGCUCCUGAAUGGAUCUCCUGGGUCAAGAACAUUGAUGUCGGCGCAUUCACGCAGCCGCCAGAAGCUGCGAUUGAUGUAGUCAAAGUGAGGAUAGGCAAUGUGGUUACCAGCAUCGCCUUGGGAUCCAAGCGACCUGGCCUGGCCAUGCGAGGCAGUCUCAUGGGCUUGGGUUGA